AUGGGGGUGGGCGAUUAUAUCCACUCCAGAGAAGCUGGGCAGCCUCGUGCCCCCGCCGACUUAGGUCCAUUACAGCGCAAACUACGGGCCGAGCAGGCUAAGAUGGGGCUGCCAACCUCAUACCUGGAUGCACCGAGCUCGAUCAACAAUGCUGUGCCACGGUCUUUUCAGCCAUUAAAUGCGGCCCCUGACCAGACUAGGCCACCUUCGGAGAACCCGCAUGCCCAAAAUGGAGAGCAAAGGGACCCGUUUGACACCGACGUUGAGGGUGUGGACGAUUCGACCAUUGCUGGUACCAGCGUUUUUGGUUAUGAGGAUAGCCCGCAACAGCCACAUAUAUCGUCAAAUGCAAAUGCAAAUGCAAAUGUUGGCGAGACAACGACCUCGCCGCGGCCAUCUUACUUGCCUCGACCUGCCCGUGGGCACCGAAACUCCUGGUAUGAUGGAGGCCUUGGCCUCGGUGAUCAAAUCAUGAAGAAAGCCGGAUUUGAUACUGAUGAUAUUGGAGACACGACCAGCCAAGCAACAUCAUCAACUGGAGGCGACGACGAGAAGAGUGAAGAGCCUAAUACCAACAUCGACCCUUUGCCGUGGCAGGCGUCGCAUAAGCAUCGCUCAACAGAGGAGCCUUUAAGCAAACGUCUCGAAAACUUUUGGUCUGCAAGCAGAAAAACGUCCGCAAAGCCAAUGGGCACGGUGGCAGUAGAGUCACAGCCACAGUCGCCUCGCCAUGAGAACAUGGCUCCUGAAACUCAGGUACCGGCACGGAAAUUGGGCCACAUGCUUCCUCCUACCUCAGCUCGGAAGAUCAUCUUGCCCCAUACCAUGUCAGGAACAGGAACACCGAGGACAAGGACACGCUUUAGCCCUCCGAAGCAAUCACUUUUUGAUCGUCUAGAUAUCUCACCAACCCGCCAUGGUUCUGAGCCGCCCCCCGAAACUGGACGGACUCUCAACAUGAUGUCCUUCCAGGAACCAGACCAUAGCGACGAUGGAAGCAUUCACGAUCUAGAUGAAACUAUUCGCAUUGGCAGUAGCCGAGCUAGCGAACAUUCGGUCCAUCCCUUCGACAUCACCAACAUCAGCGACUUGGAGCGCGAUGACGACGACUUGAUGCGCGACCCUUUCAUGUCACGCUCCACUGCCACGCGUGAGCGACGAAACACAGUCAUUCGCACGAACAACAAACGCCAACUAGAAGGGGACUAUCCCCCACAAGUUCUCUAUCAAAAGUCUUUUGCCGACCUACAAGCAGAGCCUUUCGAAAGAGCUCCAACCCCGACGCCUCCUCCUAUGAAAUCUCCACCGUUGCCACCAAACCCUGCCCUUCUUGCCGGCAUGCAAUCUACAAAUGGCGCCGCUUCCCAGCUUCUGGGCCUGUCAGAGCAAGAUCGCCAGACAUAUCUGUCGCGGAUGUCUGUCGAUGAAUGGGAAGAUUGUGGCGACCAGCUAAUCGACCGAUUUAGUCACCUGCUCACUGAGAUGAAGCAGUUGCGCCGGGCCCGUCGACGCACUGCUGCUAUUUUCGAGAACGAGAUUCUGCGCCGCCAUGACCAAGUCGAGAAACAAGAUUCAGAGCUUUCGAUGAAACUGAAUGAAAUGAGAUCCGGAGGUGUUGAGGUUCUGCGCGGACGAAGCUCAUGA